AUGAGUGAAAACGGCAAGGUACGAAACAACGGGCUAUUCCAAACCCGCGCUAGAACCCGGCGUGGCCGCAAGACAACGUCCUGUUCCCAAUGUCACUCUAGAAAGCAGAAAUGCAAUCAAGAAUUACCAUGCUCUCGUUGUAUCCAGCGUGGGGUAUCUGAGCUGUGUCAAUGGCCCGACAAAGACAGAAAUCAUGACUCUCCACCUCAGGGGGGAGCGAACGCAUCAGCAAAUAACCAGACAUCAGAACUGGGACAGCUAUACAUUGCACGGGGUGCACCAAGUUUCUUUGGAAAUUCCUACUUUGGUCACCAGGUGGCAGCACAUAUGAUCCAGGAGUCUGCUCCUGAUUUACCUCCUAUGAGUUUGUUGUCCAGUAAGGAUUCAUUACAAUCAUUUCGGAAUGAUUCCGGCCCAUUCUCUCAAGUCUGGGAUCUACUCGGUCUGUUACCAAGGAACAAGGUUACUGUGGAUCGGCUGAUCGAGAGAUUCUUGACGGAGAUCAACUGGGCCAUCGACACAGUUCACCCCGAUACCUUCAGACAGCAAUUCGCAGAGUUCUGGGGGCGGAAGUUUGGAUUUGAUGAAAUUGCCGGUGUAGACCUUCGAUGGCUUGCUCUUUUGUUCAUUAUUCUGGCUUUCAGUGUGCUCUUAGACAGUCCCACGACAUCUUCACCUGAAAAACGGAAAGAAAGCGAAGAAGCUUCUCUUCGAUUCUAUUGGGCGGCGAGACGAGCCAUUGUAAUCUCGCCCUCGUUUCAUGGAGAAAGCUUGGAUCUUGUUCGAGCAGGCCUGAUGGUCACUCGAUAUUUGCUAUAUACCCGACAAGUCGCAGAAAGUUGGCUGACUAUCAGUUUUGCUAUGCGUAUGGCUCAAGCACAGGGUAUGCAUAUUGAUGGAGAAAAAUGGGGACUGUCCAAGAAAGCCACUGAAACCAGAAGGCGCCUCUGGGGUAAUCUCUAUUUGCUUGACAAGACAAUUGCGCUUGCUCUUGGAAGACCGUACGCCAUCUCGGAUCAUAUGUGUCUCAUCAAAGCUCCGGAGAAUGUGUGGCUGGAUGGAUUUACCGAUGAACAAUCAUCUACGGCUAGAGCACAUCCCAUCACACGUCCCACCCGAAGCACUGUGUCGCUUCUGGGAGCCGGGCUGGCUAAAAUUGCAGGGGAAAUUCAAGACCGAUGCUUUGGCUUGUACCCUGCAUCGUACGACAUGGUUGUGGAAAUGGACAACAAGCUUGUGGCUUGGAAACAACAACUACCUACUUAUUUCUCUGUCGACAACCCAGAGCUAUCACUGGAUGAUUUGCACACGUUCUUACCAUGGCAUCGGCUUUAUCUGCACUCUGCAUUCCAUUUCGCUCGAAUCACUCUUCAUCGACCUCAUCUUCUGCGUGAAUCCAUCACAAACCGCUUCGGCCUAAGCCACGAGGCUUGCAUCUCCUCGGCCUCUUCAGACCUCAAAAUCCGGUUACAAUCAUUGAGCUAUGGAACAGCGGAAAACAUGAGGUGGACGUUAGGAACCCACAACAUGUUCAACAGUGCCUUCAUUCUUGGCAUCAUUGCUGUGCGGCGACCCAAUGCUCCCCAGACUGCGGCCAUACUGAACGACCUGGAAGAGUAUUGCGAACGACUGCGGAAAGAUGUCUGGCUCAACGAAUUCGGCCUGGCAGAAGUCAAAGUGGUGGAGUUGUGUAUCAUUCGCACCAGAGGGUUCGCCCAUGCCUCCGAUCAGUUCAGUGAAAACACUCCAAUGAUGAGCCCACCGGAAGCAUUGUCUAGCUUUGUACCACAACACCGGGGUGGUAACUCAGAUCUUUCAUCAGCUAUGAGCAUAUCUGGUCCUGGAAUCCCUCCUUCUCCCGAUCAGCCACCAGUUUAUUCUCCAGACAUGAUGUGGCCCGCAGUCUGGGAAGACCAGAACUUCACGUUCCCCCAAGCGGCAGAUCUUGAAACCUGGGAGCAAAUGAUCUCCGAAAUCGCAUAUCACACCUAG